CACGACUCAUAUCCGCUGUGUGUAUAUUGUGUGUGUGUGUGUUGGAAAGAGGACUGUGAAAUUGCGGAGAUGUCGGUCCAGGUUGUAGCUGCGAAAAUGGCCGAGGUCGAGCUGAAAGAUAUUAACAGCAAAAGUCUGCCUGCUGCGAUGCCAGUGGCACAGAAGCAGGAAGAAAAGUCUGCGAUUAAAAGCCAAACCGCUGCCCCUUCCCCCAGUCCUGCUGUUUCGGCUGCAGCUAAGGUGGCUGCAGCACCCGAGGAUCCUACCCUUCCAACCCCGAGUCCGAACCUCAUGAAGAUGCCGCAGGCAUCUGUGUUGAAGCGGACUGAACCACAGCACAACGGCGGAGAGGCGUUCAUCAAUCCCGAUGGUACAGUAACUGAGGCACCGAAGACUGUGAAAAAGCAAAUCCAGUUUGCUGACCAGAAGCAGGAGUUUAACAAGCGCACCACCAAGAUUGGCCGUCGCUCCCUGUCCCGCUCCAUCUCCCAGUCCUCCACAGACAGCUACAGCUCAGCCGCCUCCUACACAGACAGCUCGGAUGAUGAGACCUCUCCGAGAGACAAGCAGCAGAAGAACUCCAAGGGAAAUGGUGACUUCUGCAUCAAAAACAUCAAGCAGGCAGACUUCGGGCGGAGGGAGAUCGAGAUCGCUGAGCAAGCUGCCCGUCCUGCCUGUGCAGAGAUGCCUGCCCUGAUGGCUUUGAGGAAGCGAGCUCAGGGAGAGAAGCCACUGGCUGGAGCAAAGAUCGUGGGCUGCACUCACAUUACUGCACAGACUGCUGUCCUGAUGGAGACACUGGCUGCCCUGGGUGCUCAGUGCAGGUGGGCUGCCUGUAACAUUUACUCCACUCAGAAUGAAGUUGCAGCUGCCCUUGCUGAAGGUGGGUUUGCUGUGUUUGCGUGGAAAGGUGAAUCGGAAGACGACUUCUGGUGGUGUAUUGACCGGUGUGUCAAUGUGGAGGGGUGGCAGCCCAACAUGAUUCUGGAUGAUGGAGGUGACCUCACUCACUGGAUCUAUAAGAAGUACCCCAACAUGUUUAAGAAGAUCAAGGGAAUUGUGGAGGAGAGUGUCACUGGAGUGCACAGGUUGUACCAGUUGUCUAAAGCUGGGAAGCUGUGUGUCCCAGCCAUGAACGUGAAUGACUCUGUAACCAAACAAAAGUUUGAUAAUCUUUACUGCUGUAGGGAGUCCAUCCUGGAUGGUCUUAAAAGAACGACAGAUGUGAUGUUUGGAGGAAAGCAGGUGGUAGUGUGUGGAUACGGAGAGGUUGGAAAGGGGUGCAGUGCUGCCCUGAAAGCUAUGGGCUCCAUUGUGUAUGUCACUGAGAUAGACCCCAUCUGCGCACUGCAAGCCUGCAUGGAUGGUUUCAGACUGGUGAAGCUGAAUGAAGUCAUCAGACAGGUGGACAUAGUUAUCACUUGUACAGGUAAUAAAAACGUUGUGGUAAGGGAAUACUUAGACCGUAUGAAGAAUGGUUGCAUUGUCUGCAACAUGGGACAUUCCAACACUGAAAUUGACGUGGCCAGUCUGCGCACUCCUGAGCUGACCUGGGAGCGUGUGAGGUCACAGGUGGACCAUGUGAUCUGGCCUGAUGGCAAGAGAAUAGUGCUACUGGCCGAGGGUCGUCUGCUGAAUCUGAGCUGCUCUACAGUUCCUACCUUUGUGCUCUCCAUCACCGCAACCACCCAGGCACUGGCUUUAAUAGAGCUGUACAAUGCUCCAGAGGGCCGUUACAAGCAGGAUGUCUACUUGCUGCCGAAGAAAAUGGAUGAGUACGUGGCGAGCCUUCAUCUUCCAACAUUCGAUGCACAUCUUACCGAACUGACAGAUGAGCAAGCAAAGUACCUGGGCUUGAAUAAAAACGGGCCCUUUAAGCCAAAUUACUAUAGAUAUUAGCCUUCUGUAAAAAAUAAAAAAUAACAGACCAGAAGAACAACAGCGACCAGAACAAGAAAAGAAGCCUUUCAAAGCUACUGUACAGGAUUUAAGAAGCUCAUGAUUUUAAAAAGCUGGACUUCACAGUGAAGCAGACACACAGCACAUUGAGAGUUUUAUUUAUUUUAACUGGAAUAUUGUAAUCUAACCUGAAGGCAGCCCUGGCUGCUGGGUCACUCCUAGAUGUGGCUUGAGGAGGUUACAUGAAUUCAUUUUCUCUUGCGUAUUUUGUCAGUUGUAAGUAAUCCAUUAGAGGUGUUAUUGUAACCCUAAAGAGAGAUAUUGGAAACAAAAAACAAAAAAAAUGUGUGAGGCGAUUUAUUUUAUUUUACAUUUUAUGAUGCACAAGUUUCAGUCUUAUCAUCUUUAUUUUCUGUUUGCAGGAGUGGGGGAGGGCUGCAUUCUUACUGUCUGAACCACAGAUCAAUAGAUUCAGAUUUUAUUUGUUUUAAAGCUCAUGUUGUUCUGUUCCAAUAUAUUUGAGAGAAGUUUGCACAAGUAAAUUGGCUAAUGAUAUUA